UCGAACCGGAGAUAAUUCCACGUUGGUGGAGCGGCGGAGUGGCGGCGGCUAUCGCACAGUGUUUUACGGCACCUUUGGACUUGAUCGAGUCGCGAAUGGUUUCUUUUCACUGUACGACGGUCUAUGUGCCCAGUUGCUCAGACAGCUGACAUACACAUCCCUUCGUUUUCACCUGUACGAAUUGGGCAAGGAACAGAUGGACGAUCCAUUCGACUGGCUGGACAAGGUGCUCGUCGCUGGAGUGGCGGGAUGUGUGGCGGGGGUGGUGGGCAUACCCACGGAGUUGGUCAACACCCGGAUGCAGGUCAACCGCGCUCUGCCCAGUGAAAAGCGGUGGAACUACCGACACGUAUUCCACGGACUGUACCGGGUAACCAGGGACGAAGGCUGGAAGGCGCUCUACAGGGGAUCUUUCCUCUCUUUGGUUCGGUCGGGCUUCAUUACAAUCGGCCAGGUUGCAGCCUACGAUCAGGCCAAGGAAAUCUACAUGGAAUUUUUAAAACUCAAGCACGACAACACCAUUUUGCACCUGAUUAGUUCCACAACGGCUGCUUGUAUCUGCGUCCCAAUCAUCAAACCCAUAGAGAACUUGAGGACCCUCAAGAUGGUGAACUCGAGAGGAUUGUUAAGUAUCUAUGCCUAUAUGUUGCGCUUCGGGCCACGAGGAUAUUUUCGCGGCAUGGUGCCCUGCCUCCUGCGAAUGGUGCCCAAUACGAUCAUUACGUUUUUGAGUUUCGAGCAAAUUCGUGUUCAAUUUGGAUACUAUCAAAUCGAAGAAAAUAAAGGCUAG